CAUAAUUUUGUGCGGUGCCAUUUAUUGACGCUAUAAAGUAUAACUAUAUAACUAAAACAAUAUCAAAUAAUACAGUUGAGUAUUUACAAAUUACUGGAUUUUACAAGUUUUUAUUUUUAAAACGAAUUAUUUCUAAAAAGUAAAAUGUAUAAAGUUCCUCAAAAAGUACAGAAGGUUAUGGUACAGCCCAUUAACCUUAUCUUCCGACACUUGCAAAAUCGUGCUAAAGUACAAGUGUGGCUUCAGGAAAAAAUACAUUUAAGGAUUGAAGGACAUAUCGUGGGUUUUGAUGAAUACAUGAAUCUGGUCUUGGAUGAAGCUUGUGAAGUUAAUACUAAAGUUGACUCGCGCAAACCUGUUGGCCGCAUAUUAUUGAAAGGAGAAAACAUUACAUUAAUACAAAAUAUGACUCCAUCUAUUGGAUAAAACAAGAAAACUAUCUGAAUUAAAUUUAACUUUAAUAUAUCCUCUGUAAUAUAAAUUUAUAAUAAAAUAUCUUAAUACUUACAACUUAAACAAUGAA